GAUGAGUAUUUGAGUCAUAAUAUAAACCGGCUGCAAGCCAGCAACCGCCGCCUUCUCCUCCGCCCUCCGCGGCCUUUGGAGGCGCAAAUUUCCCGCCAUUCUCCUCUUCGAUCUCAUGACAUGAUAUGGCUCUUCACUCAUUCAAGCCCUUCGCAGCCAUUCUCUCUCUCCUCUUCGCUCACGCAGUCAUCGUUGUGGUGGGGGAAUCAUCGACCUGCUUGACGGUGUACCGAGAAGGCGGCGCCCCGGCGGUCUUCCAGUCGCCAAAAUGCCCCCGCUGGAAGCUCUCCGGCCAUGCCUCCCCUACACGCGCCUCUGCCACCGGCGGCAAGCUCUGCCAGGUGGCCGUGCUCCAGGGCAGCCGCAAGUACCAGGAGGAUCGCACCUUCUGCGCUCUCGACGUCCGCAUCCCUUUCCCCAGUAGUACAGGGAUUAAGGAGGUGACUGUUGGAGUAAUAGCUGUUUUCGAUGGUCAUAACGGAGCAGAAGCUAGUGAGAUGGCGUCUAAGCAUCUGUUUGAGUAUUUCAUGUUGCAUGCCUACUUCCUCCUGGAUUCAACCUUUUCCGUCGCAUUGAAGAAAUUCAUGGGAAAGUUGGGGAGAAAAGGAGAUCUGGAUGGUCUUUUUCAAGUUCUCAAUUGGCAUGAAGAUUUGAGUUGGCAGUAUCAGGAUCAAGAAAGGGUUAAGUCCUCAAGGACAGUAGAAUUUGAUCAUUCCUAUCAUUUGGAAAUUCUGAAGGAAGCAUUGACGAGGGCAAUCUGGGAUAUUGAUGCAAAAUUUUCAAAGGAAGCAUCCAGAAGCAAUCUUAAUUCAGGAUCCACAGCAACAGUUAUACUCGUGGCAGAUGGCAAAAUUUUAGUUGCGAAUGUUGGAGACUCAAAGGCUCUCUUAUGCUCUGAAAGGUUCCAGUCCCCCGCGGAUGCUAGAGCGACUUUACUAAGAUUACAUCGCGAGAAAAGGCGGGGUGGUGCUAUUAUGCCCAUGAAAUACAGUGAGCACUUUAAGUUGGCUAGUUUGAAUGGUUUGACGCACUUUUCUGUUCAGGAGUUAACAAGAGAUCAUAGUCCCGAUAGGGAUGAUGAAAGGUCUCGAGUAGAAGCUGCGGGUGGUUAUGUUCUUAAUUUGAGUGGUGUUCCUCGAGUCAAUGGCCAACUGGCUGUUUCACGAGCCAUUGGUGAUGUGAAAUUUAAAAGUUCUGGUGUAAUAGCAGCACCAGAAGUUAUGGAUUGGCAAUCCCUCAACAUCAAUGAUAGCUAUCUGGUAGCUGCAUCAGAUGGUGUUUUUGAAGAAUUGAGCCCACAAGAUGUUUGUGAUAUACUGUGGGAAGCACAGAGUCAUGGCAACUCAAGAUCAGAGAUAUCUUCAUCAUGCUCUUACUCAUUAGCUGACUGUAUAGUGGAAACUGCUUUGGAAAGGGGCAGUAUGGAUAAUAUGGCUGCUGUGGUUGUGCCUCUUCAAUUAAGUCUUCUAUCUCGUAACAUUCAACCGGGUAACUAUACUGGAGGAGUUGAUACAGAUACCACAUCUGUAGGAUUAGAGUACAAUAAUGGUCGGUCAGAUAAGGGCCUGUCUUCUGAUAUUAUCGGCUUAGAGCAUUUUCAUCCUCAUUCAAUGAAGUUUGGCAGGUUGAUGGUUGAACCAAAGCAUGGAAGUUUUUGCUGUUUUUAUUUAGCUGAGCCGCUUAGUGAAGAUAUGGAUGAUAUGUUAGAAGCUCAAAUUCAUGAUUGGAAGGAGCCUGUAUAUGGCCUGCCUCUGGCUCUUCCUGAAGCCCUCAACCAACAGUGCGAAAAUGAAGAACAUGUCCCAGACUCAGAGCUGCUGCCUGAGCGGCCAAGUAAGGGGCAGGAAGCCUCCUCCGGGCCAAUGCAACACAUGAAAUGGCUCAGAAUGCUGCAAGGAAGGCAAGAUGUACCCAAUCUACAAGUGCUCUCCGCCAGUUUCAAGCCACUCCAAGGCCAUGUUAAACCAUCAACAGCUUCGGGAAGGGCAAGAUUGGCAGACCGUUGGAGUGCAACAAAUACUACCUCUCUGGUACCAUCCCUAUUGUUGCCCUGCCGACAGGAUGGUUCAGCCACAGGAGUAGGUGCCAUCGACACGUAACCAUAAGGGGGAAAGGGAGGAGCGUGAAAGCCAUGGUGGUGGAUGAAUGUGACUACACCAAGGGAUGUGAUGACGAACACGAUUAUCAACCCUAAUGUGAUGACAACAUUGUCGAUCAGUCACAGGUCCAGUGAGAAACCUUGGGGGUCCCAGGGACAGUUGCAAAUGGGGUGGGAUGGAGAUUACUCUGUCUGAUGUUUAGUGAUGAGUUGCCUGAUGCCGGUAAAGGCUGUUGGAUGGUUUUCAAUUUCCUGUUUCAAUAUAGAAUAAGACUAGGCCAUACAAGUGUGGUGUUCAAUUAUCGGAAACAGAAUUUCCAAAAAAAGUGGUUGAGACGGUAUCCAAAUAAAGAUGCUAUUUCCUUUU